ACGAGCAAACAGGAGCACGUGUCUGUAGAACACGCGGGUGUUCCACGUGUCUGUUGCGGACAGUUGUUGGAUUUUAGAUCCGCGCGAGGAGCAGCCCGGGCGGUGCGGCCGCGGCCGCGCGUGCCGUGCCGUGCUAGCGGAAGCAGCCGCUGCUCGCACCGCCUAGGCCGCGCUGCGCCGCAGGCUGCGCCGGGCGGGCGGCGCGGUCCGACUCCCGCGGCGCGACGCAGGAGGAGGAGGCCCCGCUCGGCGCGAAGGACCCGCGGUGAACACCGCGUGCCUCCCGUACACGCUCGCGACGUCUCGAGGAAGCGGCGGCGGCGGCGGCGGCGGCGGCGUCACGGAUAAACAUAGACCAGAGUCAGAACACACGUCCCCCCUGCCCUCGGUGCACGGCGGCAUGCUCAACGACGGAGCGGCGUGAACCACAGAAACGUCCCGCCGAUGAGUGCAAAAGAAAAUGGAAGAACAUGAGAGACCGAUAUUUGAAGGAAGUUCGAAUGGAGAUCAAGAGCAAGAAGCAAGGGGAGGUCGUUCAGAGCAGGUGGAAAUACAGGCAACUUAUGAAUUUUAUUGCACCCUUCACCGGAUCAAGAAGCGGAGUGGCAGAAAUGUGUGGCAACGACGACGACGACGACAAUCCUGACAAUGAAACUGGCAGCAUGGAGGGAGAAACCACAUCGUCCGAGGCGGUCAAGACACCGCAGUCCAUCAUGAAGGCCCCCGUGAGUCAACCUGACCUCAAGCCCCAGGUGGCGUUUGUGACACAGGUUCCGUCGAUGUCUCAAGACGCACAAAUGGCCAAGUUGCCAUCAAGCCCACAGAUCACCCCCAUCAGCAAAACUGGACGAAAGCGGCGGCUGAUUCAAGAGUCACUCUCACUGCUGACCUCUCAAAGUACGCAGUCGCCUGCGAAAUGGCUGCUCAAAGACAAUGGUGCCUCAUUUCCCGCCAGGCCACGGGACGAGGAUGAACUAUUUCUGCUGAGCUUUGUCCCUGCCUUGAAGCGACUUGCUCCACAGAAAAGAUGCGAGACAAAAAUAAGGAUCCAGCAGAUUAUGUAUGAAGCAGAAUUCAACAUCACACAGUCAGAGUCCCAAGAGAAACAGACAGAGCAAGAAACACAGGACUAAACCGAACUGACUUUUUGUACUUUAUUCUGUUUUCUAUAAACCUCUCCCACAAAAUGA